GACCCCAGCUGCUGCCAGCGGUGCAGCCCACCGUUUGUGUCCGUGUUUCCGCCUGUGUUUCCGCCUGUAAUUCCCUGAAUGGUGUCGAUACAGGUUGCGUAACUUUAUUCCGCAGAUCAGCAGCCUGUGUGUCGCCUGUUCGAGCUCGGAUCAGAGGCGGGAAUGGAGAGGAGCGAGGAGGAGCAGAAUGAGAGCGGCUCGUCCCAACAACACAGCACGAUGUGGAAACAGUUCCAAGCCAAAGCGAAGCCGCUGCUCAGCCCCAAGCUGGGCUCCAGAGACCCGGAGGACAAGAAGGAGAGGUCGAGCUGGAUGUUCAAGAAGAUGAAGAGGAAGGAAAACGUCGUCCUGGACCGGGUGAUCUCCUCCUCACAGCCGGACCUUAUCUUCUCCUCCCAGGUGGAGGAGGCUCAGCUCUGCGGCAAAGCGGCGGCCAGCGGCUCCAGUGCGGGCCGGGAGAAGCUGCAGGCUCACAAAUCCGGCAGUCCGCUCAAAUCCACCGUGGCUCAUCUGGUGCAGUCCCACCACAAGAGCUCCUCUCUGGGGUCUGCGUGUCUGGAGAGGCUGGCUGAGCCUCCUGGCGGCAGUAGCGGCAGUGGAAGCGGCAGCAGCGAAGGAGGCGACGCGGCGACAUCUGCCGCAUCUGCAGAAGCACCGCUGGAGAGCAAAGAUGAGCAGCCGGGUAUCGGCGCUCCAUCCUCGGGGGUCGCCGCUGACAGAUCCAUCCUGAGCUCGGGGAUGUACAAACUGGAGAUCGAGCUGAAGAGAGGAAACAAUCUGGCCGUCAGAGACCGAGGAGGCACAAGUGACCCGUACGUAAAGUUUAAGCUCGCCGGUAAAGAGGUGUUCAGAAGCAAAACCAUCCACAAGAACCUGAACCCGGUGUGGGAGGAGAAGACCACGUUAGUCCUGGACUGUCUGAGUGAGCCUCUCUAUGUGAAGGUGUUUGAUUAUGACUUCGGCCUCCAGGAUGACUUCAUGGGCUCUGCUCACCUUUACCUGGAGUCUCUGGAGCAGCAGAGGAUGAUCCCAGUCACUCUGAUCCUGAAGGAUCCUCAUCACCCGGAUCAGGAUCUGGGCUCUCUGGAGCUCGCUGUGACCCUGACGCCUAAAGACAGUCCUCUGGAGGAACGACGAGACUCCACGCAGUGGGAGGUUAAGGCGUAUCGCUGGAAGCCGUAUGUGAACAAAACCAUGCUGCUCAGGAGAUCCUGGAAACGGUCCACAAAGCAGCAGCAGUCCCUGCGUCUCUCUGAGCUCCAUCGGAAGUCUCAGCUAUGGAGAGGAAUCGUGAGCAUCGCUCUGAUCGAAGGGCGGAACCUGAUCCCCAUGGACCCCAACGGGCUGAGCGACCCCUACGUCAAGUUCAGACUGGGGCCCCAGAAGUACAGGAGCAAGACAGUGCCAAAGACCCUGAGUCCUCAGUGGAGGGAGCAGUUUGACCUCCACCUGUACGAGGAGACGGGGGGAGUGUUGGAGAUCACUGUGUGGGACAAAGACACAGGGAGGAGGGACGACUUCAUCGGACGCUGUCAGUUGGACCUCUCCACCCUGACAAAGGAACACACUCAUCACCUGGAGCUGCAGCUGGAGGAGUCCCGGGGAUACGUGGUGCUUCUGGUCACGCUGACCGCCUCGGCUCACGUCUCCAUCGCCGACCUGUCCGUCACGCCGCUGGACGACCCGCAGGAGCGCCGCGAGAUCCUCAAACGAUACGGCGUGCUGAGGUCGUUCUCCAACCUGAAGGACGUGGGCAUCGUGCAGGUGAAGGUGAUGAGAGCUGAAGGACUCAUGGCUGCAGAUGUGACGGGUAAGAGCGACCCGUUCUGCGUGCUGGAGCUGAACAACGACCGACUACAAACUCACACGGUCUACAAGAACCUGAACCCGGAGUGGAACAAAGCCUUCACUUUUAACGUGAAGGACAUCCACUCGGUGCUGGAGGUGACCGUGUUCGACGAGGACAGAGACCGGAGCGCCGACUUCCUGGGGAAAGUGGUCAUUCCUUUAUUACACGUCCGUAACGGGGAGCAGAAGAGUUACAUGCUGAAAAAUAAAGAGCUGACAGCGCAGACUAAAGGACACAUCUACCUGGAGAUAGACGUCAUCUACAACACGGUGAGUAAACAAAGAAGGAGAGAUCAGAACUAA